AUGGACAAAAUUUGGAUGAGAAUGGAUAGAUUAUCACCCGAAUACAGAGCAGGAGUUAACGAUUUUAUCAAAGUUGCUACUCAAGAUGCACGGAGAAGGAAACUAAAGAAAAUCUUUUGUCCAUGUGAAAUAUGUGUUAACCAUUGUCGUAAAACUGAAAGCGAAGUAAGAUAUGAUUUGUUCCGCUAUGGUAUUGACCAGAGCUAUACUUGUUGGACUAAACAUGGAGAGAAUCUUCAUGCUCCUCAUGCUAGUAGCUGUACUGUUAAUUUUGAAACUCAUACUUCUACAGAACAUGAGUUUGAAGAGGGGCCAUUGGGUGAUAUUCCAGACAGUACUAUAGAUGAUGCUCCAGAUUAUGUUGCAGAGGCAACAAAGAUGGUCGACGCGAUACUAGAGGACUUUCCAGGUGAUCGUAGAAAGUUUGAGAAGUUAAUAGAGGAUGCUAAGAAGCCUUUAUUUCCAGGAGACUCGAAACUUACCAAGCUGUCGGCAAUAAUCAAGCUGUACAACUUGAAAGCGAAGCAUGGAGUAUCAGACAAGUUUUUUGGUGAGCUUUUAGAUUUGUUGAAGAACGAGAUUCCUGAUGGUAAUGAAAUUCCUUCUUCUACAUAUGAAGCUAAGAAAUCCAUUAAUCCGUUAGGGUUGAACUAUGUGAAGAUACAUGUAUGUCCUAAUGAUUGCAUACUAUAUAGGAAAGAUCAUGAAAAGAAAGAAGUAUGCCCAACAUGUGGGGAAUCAAGAUGGAAAAAGGAUAAGAUAACAUUGAAGGAGUGCAAGGGGGUGCCUGUAAAGGUUUUGUGGUAUUUCCCGAUCAUUCCACGACUGAAACGUUUAUUUUUGGUGAAGUACAUAGCAAGAAAAUUGAUAUGGCAUGAUCGUGAUAGAAACAAAGAUGGGUUGCUGCGUCAUCCAGCAGAUGCUGAAGCAUGGAAGGCGAUUGAUGAAAGAUACCCUGAUUUUGCUGAGGAUCCUAGAAAUAUUCGCUUAGGAGUGUCAGCUGAUGGAGUGAAUCCAUUUCGUGGUAAGAAGAAAAGUUAUAGUUGCUGGCCUAUCCUAACAGUGGUUUACAACCUUCCCCCAUCGUUAUGCAUGAAGAGAAAAUUCAUGAUGCUUACAAUGUUAAUUCAAGGACCAAAAGAACCAGGCAAUGACAUCGACGUUUUUUUAGCUCCGUUUAUUGAUGAUCUGAAAUUAUUGUUUGAUGAAGGGGUCGAAGCGUAUGAUGCCUACAAACAAGAAAGGUUCACAUUAAGGGCUGUAGUUUUGUGGACAAUAAGUGACUAUCCUGCACUCGGCAAUUUGAGUGGCUGUACUGUUGGUGGAUAUGAUGCUUGUGCAACAUGUGGUGUGAAUACACACUCCACAUGGCUUAAGUACUCUAAAAAAGUUUCAUACACUGGUCAUAGAAAAUGGUUACCGUCUGGCCAUCGUUACAGAUAUCAAAUGAAGCCAUUUGAUGGCAAUCAAGAAUUCGGUGUGGCUCCUGAACCAGUGAGUGGGUUACAAAGGUUUGAAGAGGCGAAGUCAAUUGAAAAUGCAUGGGGAAAGAAAGGAAAAAGGAUGUAUCUUCCUCCUGCCUGCUACACAUUGACGAAACAAGAGAAGGUGAAGUUUUGCAAAACAUUGUACGAGUUGAAGGUUCCACAAGGGUACUGUUCUAAUUUUAGCAGUCUGGUGUCGCUAAAAGAUAGCAAGUUGAUUGGUCUCAAAUCACAUGACUACCAUGUUCUUAUGCAGCAAUUCUUGCCACUUGCGGUUAGAUCGAUUCUUCCAAAGAACGUCGAGAAGGAGUUGGAGAACGAAGAUGAAAUCAUGGCAGAGGAGAAGAAGAUCUCUAAAUAUCUUAGGUGGAUAUCACAGGGCCCGCGUCAUUUAGUUGUAAAGUACAAUGGAUAUGACAUAAAUGGAUGCCGGUAUCGCACUAAAAGUCGUGAUGUUGGCGUAAACCAAAACUGUGGGGUUAGCCUGGAGGCGUCAGGAAUGCACAUUGCUAGUGCGAAGGACAGUAACCCAAAGAUUGCUACAUCGCGCUAUUAUGGAGUGAUAAAUGAGAUUUGGGUUCUUGAUUACCACUGCGUAAAGAUACCCGUGUUCUUGUGUGAUUGGGUACACAGUGGUUAUGGUGUCAAAACUGAUGAACUUGGUUACACACUAGUCGACCUCAACAGAUUAGGGCAUAAAAAGGAUCCUUUCAUUUUAGCUUCCCAAGCUAAUCAAGUUUUUUAUGUAGAAGAUCAAGGAGAUCCAAGGUGGUCUGUUGUUAUAUCAUGCCCUUUAAAUUACUAUAUGGAUGACGAUGAUGUCGAUGAAAUUGCUGAGGAUGAGCUAAUGUCUGAGAAUCGUCGGCCAGAAGAUAAUAUGGCAGUAGAUAUGAGCUCACUUUAUGUGGACGACGAUUCUGACACUUCUUAUUUUCGCGAUGAUGGUCAGGGGAUAUAUGUUGAUCCCUGCUUUGAACAAUAA